AUGUCUGACGAAAAACUCAAACUCGCCGAAAUCGAGAAUCUGAAGAAAGUCGCUUUCUUCGGUGAGCAAUUUUAUUUUAUUGAAAUGUUUUUAAUAUGAGCAAUUGUGUUGUUUUCUAGGUAUCUCGGUAGCUACAAUUUCAACUUUAAUCGCAAUUGUUGCUACUCCAAUGAUGUACAGUUAUAUGCAACAUGUUCAAUCUUCACUUCAAAAUGAAGUUGAAUUCUGUCGUCAUCGUACUGAUGGACUUUGGGAUGAGUUUGGACGAUUUGAAAUGGUGCGUGGAAAGGGUGUUGCUCCACGAAUCAAGAGACGUGCUCGUGCAUUCGGAGCUGGUUCAUAUGCUGGAGGAGCUGGAGGCGGCGGCGGCGGAGGGGGAUAUGCUGCACCAGCUGGAGGUGGUGGGGGAGGUGGCGAAUGCUGCUCAUGUGGAAUUGGAGCUGCUGGACCACCAGGACCUCCAGGACCAGAUGGAAAUCCAGGAACUGAUGGAGCUCCAGGAAACCCAGGAGCUGCUGGAUCUGACGCUGUUCAAGCUACCCCAUCUGCUGCUGAUUUCUGCUUCGAUUGCCCACCGGGACCAGCUGGACCAGCUGGAAAUGCAGGAGCUCCAGGGCCAGCCGGAGGACCGGGACCAGCUGGAAACACACCUUCAGGUGGAGCUGCUGGACCACCAGGACCACCAGGACCUCCAGGACCAGCCGGAAACCCAGGAACCGACGGAGCACCAGGAAACCCAGGAGCCCCAGGAUCAGUCAAUGAAGUUCCAGGAACUCCAGGAGCACCGGGACCAGCUGGACCAGCUGGGCCACCAGGACCAGCCGGAAAUCCAGGACAAGCCGGAUAUCCACAACCAGGACCACCAGGGCCACCAGGAGAUGCUGGACCGGAUGGAGCACCAGGAAAUCCAGGACAAGCUGGGCCACCAGGAGAUGCCGGAGCACCAGGAAGCGGAGGAGGAUGCGAUCAUUGUCCACCACCAAGAACCGCACCAGGAUAUUAG